AUGGGAACGGGUGAAGAUAGCGAAAUGAAAGUAGGGACUGUUAAUUAUGCUUUUGAUGGUGGCGAGAACAGCGAGAAGAAUGAGACUUCUUUUGGAAUCGAAGGAGCAGCAGGAACUUCUAAGCGACGCGGUGUUCAACUCGAUUGGAAAGACCUGACUGUAACUGGCACACAGAACAAGCAGGCAAAGACAAUUCUACACAAUGUCAGCGGCAGCGCUAAGCCAGGAACACUCAUGGCAAUCAUGGGCUCGUCUGGCGCUGGAAAAAGUACGUUGAUGAACACGCUGACGAGAAGAAACAUCAACGGAUUGACCAUCACCGGAAAAGUGGAAGUGAGCGGAGUGAGUUUGGGAGAAGACAUAAGCCACAUCUCGGCGUAUAUUCAACAGAACGAUGUUUUCAUAGGAGCAUUGACGGUCGAAGAGCAUUUGAGAUUUCAUGCGCGCCUCAAGCUUUCGAAGAAAUCGAAGAGUUUUCAGGAAGACAAGAUUAAAGAAGUUAUCAGAAUCAUGGGCCUGCAAAAAUGCGCGAAGACCGUCAUCGGCACCCCGGGACUGUCGAAAACGAUCUCCGGCGGUGAAAUGAAGCGACUUUCAAUUGCGUCGGAGAUUCUGGUCGAUCCGCCGAUCAUUUUCGCCGACGAACCUACUUCUGGGCUGGAUUCAUACUUAGCGAGUGCGGUCUGUCAAACAUUGAAAGAUCUGGCGAGGAACGGAACGACUGUUUUGUGCACGAUUCAUCAGCCGAGCUCGGAGAUUUUCGACAUUUUUGACUCUCUUCUGCUCCUUUCUAUGGGGCGAUGCGUCUACUUGGGGCCAAAGAACGAAGCAAAGACUUUUUUCCAGUCUAUCGGCAACCCAUGUCGCGAGAACUACAACCCAGCUGACCAUUACAUCUGGGAAACGAGCGUUCUUGAAGGGAAGGAAGAAGAAUCGAAAACGAAGAUACUCAAGAUCUGGGAAAACUUCAAUUCGAGCAAUUACAGGCGACAAAUUGAAGGAGGCCAGGUUGAAUCAAUCAAAUCUGAUCCUCUUGUUGCGGAUGUGACGAAAGAAGCAAAGGCGAACAAGGCCAAUUGGUUCGUGUCUUUUUACAUGUUGCUUUGGCGAGCGCUGAUUUCGCAGUACAGGGACAAAUCGACCGCUGGAAUGAAGUUUGGACAGAACAUUGGAACUGCGAUUAUUGUUGGACUAGUCUACUUGAGAAUUCCAUGGAAUGCUAACGAUAACCCUUACGAUCAAACCGACGUCUUCAACAUCAACGGUGCUAUCUUCUCUGCCGUCUGUUCUUUCUCCUUCGCCUACCUCUUUCUCGUCGUCUUCUCGUUUCCGAGAAUGAAAGUCGUUCUUCGACGAGAAUACUACGACGGGCUCUAUCCACUCUUCAUCGCAUUCCUGACUGAAAGCGCUGCCGGACUGCCAUUUCUAUUCGCCAUGCCAUUCAUAUUUCUUGGGAUUCAGUAUUGUAUGAUUGGAUUGUUUCCAAGCUGGAGUGCGUUCUGGGCGAUGUACUUGACUUGUAUUAUGAUUGCUCUUUCUGCUACAGGAUAUGGCUACAUGAUUUCCGCAAUCGCUCCGACCAUUGAAGCUGCAAAUGCGAUCGCUCCUCCACUGAUGGUUCCGCUUUUGCUCUUUGGAGGAUUUUUCCUUCAAUCGGACUCGGUUCCGCCAUGGUUCAUCUGGCUCAAGUACAUUUCUUGGUUCUACUACGGCGCGGAGAAUUUGUACGUUGCACAAUGGAGAGAUGGAGGAUUCUGUGGAUUGAGUAGACAGACAAACAUUCUUGCAGGUUUCUUCCGAGCUGCUGCCCAAAAUGCAAGCGAAUGUGCCCCAACAUCUUUCAACGAUUGCUGCGAAUAUCAAAUAAAAGACCCACUGAUCUCUUUUGUCGACGGAAGCUAUGUACUGGAAACAUACAGUUACAAGGAGGAGCACUGGUGGAGAAACAUCGGAUGUCUUGUUGGUCUUGCUGUUGGCUUCAGACUCUUAGCUUAUUGUAUUCUAGCUUUUAAAUUCCGCGCUUCAAAUCGCUAA